AUGGGCUCCGAAAACCCCUCCAAUCCCCUCUGGACCACCCAGUCCGUCCUGGCAAGCCUCCCUCACCCCCCAGAGGAGAACUCCGCCUCUCCGAUUCCCUUCUUUCACCUCCUCGAGCGUCUCAAGACCACCAAGCGCGAAGGAUGGCGCCGCUUCGGCAUUAACUCCGGCGAAUCCAUCUCCGACCACAUGUACCGCAUGUCGGUGAUGACUAUGCUCGCGCCGCCCUCCCUGGCCUCCCGCCUCAACCUGCCCCACUGCAUGAAGAUGGCCCUGAUCCACGACAUGGCCGAGUCCCUUGUCGGCGACAUCACCCCCGUUGACCGGGUCGACAAGACCGAGAAGGCGCGUCGCGAGGCUGCGGUUAUGGACUACAUUGCCAACAAUCUUCUGGGUGGAGUCCCCGGUGGCAUGCUGACGGGACAGGAGAUCCUGAAGGUGUUCAACGAGUAUGAGGCCAACGAGACUCUGGAGGCACAGUUCGUCCACGACGUCGACAAGAUGGAGCUGCUGUUGCAGAUGGUGGAGUACGAGCGCGCCAACGGCAUCGAUCUCUCGGAGUUCUGCCACGUCGCGAACAAGGUGCAGUUGCCGGAGACAAAGGAAUGGGCGGCCACGGUGCUGCAGGAGCGCGAGAAGUUCUGGAAGAGCAAGGCGACGGCAUGA